UUUAUUUUAGCCAUCCGAUACAAAAUUCCAGUUGUUCGUCGCAGCGUGGAUACAGUUGACGGCAAUGAAUCGAUUAGCCUCUAUGACCUUGGAGAGUCCAUCAAGAGAUACGUGCGAUCGAUUAUGAAAGGAUAUAUUUGUCAAAGUCCAAACAGGGUUUGCGUGGCAGGGUCUCCCGGACCAAUAGGAGCUCGUGGUCUUCCAGGAAAGAGAGGGCCUGAAGGAAUCAGGGGGAAGAAGGGAACGCGAGGAAUUAUGGGACCUCCAGGAAAACCGGGAGGGCAAGGUAUCAAGGGAGACAUUGGCCCUCAAGGAAUCAAGGGAGAAAAAGGUAAACAAUAAGAUAACGAUGAUAAUCAUGAUCAUAAUAAUGACAAAAGUAAAACUUAAUUUAAAAAAUUGUUGUGGUCAAAAACUAUUACAAUGAUGGUUCACGAUGAUAGUUCCAAUGUACUUCUGUUUUAUUUUAGCAACUUUUUCAUUUUCAUCUGUGUAUAUAUUUUUUCAUCGUUUCAUUUGCAACAUUGCUUGAUGCUUAGAGUGCGUAUAUCGAGGUAUAUACAAAGGGGAAGUUCGGUGAGCACGAGAGUAGGAGAAGAAUCGUACAAUAAUAAAGCCAUUUUUCCUCAUUGUUGUUAAGCUUACGUUACACAUAUGAUCUUUUAUGUGUCCCUAUCUAAAGGAGCGAUCUUUAAUGAUUAUCAUUUCAUUAUUUCCUUUAACUGGCAACUAUCUUUUUCUCAGGAAACCCAGGGACACCUGGACAACCAGGAGCUAAAGGUGAACCAGGCGAGUCCUUAUCUUCACCAAAGGUGACUGUAUCACCGACUUCAGACACUGUUACUGAAAACCAAACUGCCACGUUUUAUUGCUCAGCUAAUGGGAAUCCAACGCCUACCGUCACCUGGAGUAGAACAGGUGAUACGGAACCAAUUUCAAGCCCACAUAAUAAGUUGGAAAUCAGAAAAGCUACGUAUAAUGACUCGGGAGAUUACGUUUGCACGGCCAAGAGCAUAUUGGGUGAGGUGCAAAAGCAGGUGAAGCUCUUUGUUGAAGGU